UUUAUAUUCCGCACUUCUUCAGGCACACGGACUCACACAGAGAGGCAGCGUUCAGGUUCAUCUCCACUUUUGGCAUUUUAGAGCAGCAGCACAUCUGAUUUGCAGUUCAUAGGUCACAGUUUGCAGAAGGCAGUGACAUGCAUCGGUUACGUAGAGCCAUGGGUUUGAGAGAUCCUCAGGUACCUGCCUCAGGCCCAAAUCCUGAAUUUGAAGAUCCAUGGCGACCAGUCACAUGGAGUGAGAAUAACAAAAGUGAGAUGUUGAGAGAACUGAAGAAUUUCCAGCCAGGUGCUCCGAAAGUCCGUGAGCUGAAGAUUCUCCUUCAUGGCCCAGUUGGAGCUGGAAAGUCGAGUUUUAUAAACUCAGUCAACACCGUCCUCCAAGGAUACAACACUACCGCCGCUCUGGCAAACUCAGCAGCUGGUAAAAGCUUCACCAUCGAGUUUAAAUACCACAAGCUGAAGAAAGAUAGGCCUGGUUCUUUCUAUCCAUUUAUCUUUACUGACAUCAUGGGUCUAGAACCAGAGGAUUUAAACGGAGUGCACACUGAUGAUAUAAUCAAAAUAUUACAGGGUCAUGUGAAAAGCGGCUACUCUUUCAAUCCUUUAAAACCCAUUAAUAAAGGCGACCCAAAGUACAUUGAAAACACCAGCCUGAAAGACAGAGUGCACUGUCUGGUGAGUGUUCUGCCAGCUGACAAAAUCUCCAUCAUUACUGAUGAAGUUAUCCAGAAAAUGAGAGCUGUCCGGGAACAAGCACGUGGCUUAGGAAUUCCUCAAGUCGUCAUCAUGUCGCAUGUUGACAGAGCAUGCCCGCUAGUUAAGGAGACCACAAAUAAGAUCUACACCAGCAGAAAAAUUAAAGAGAAGAUGGAAGAGUGCAGUAAUAGGCUGGGAGUCCCCAUGAACUGCAUCUUUCCUCUGGAAAACUACUACGAACAGGUUACCAAUGUCUUGCACAUGGAUAUUCUGAUUCUCUUGGCAGUGACCAACAUUGUUAGAUUUGCUAAUGACUAUGUGGAAGACCAGGCGUACAACGCCAAUGAGUAUGCUGAAAACCCUGUUUACAAUGAAUAAUUUCCCCUUACCUGUCUUAUUUAAUUCUCAACAGAGAAAUGGUGUGAUACUUUUAAGUAUGCACAAUAGGGAGAGGGAUGUGUUGGCACUCAUUUAAACAGCAUCUUUAACCUUUAGACGUUUUUAGAUACAAAGGAUAAAGUAUUUAUAUCUUUAAUUUAAAUACUGUAAUAAGUUUAAUUACAUCUGUACUUGCCAUUUAUCUCUUUUGCUAUUCUGUUUCAUAUUUAUAAUAUUGGUUUAAUAAAGAAUACAUUAAGAUCAGUGAUGAAAGACAAUAAUCUUGAAAAAUCUCUAUUAUCAUCUUUAUACUGUAGCUUUUGGUAGAAUGCAAUACGUGUACAUGUACAAAAAAAUUUAAUAAUUUCAUGUAAGGUGGAUUUUUGAUGGUGCUUCUGGGCUCAUAAUAAACAUCACAGCAACUUUUCAUACUGCAUUUGGAAAUGCUAAUAAAUAAAGUCAAAUAUCAAUAUAUUGUAUUGGUAAAGUAAGGCCAACAUAUCUGAUGCUUGGCAGCACGGUGUUGUAGUGGUUAGCACUGUUGCCUUGCACCUCCAGGGUCUGGGUUCAAUUCCCGUCUCUGUGCAUGGAGUUUGCAUGUUCUUCCUGUGUUUGGUGGAUUUUCUCGGGGUGCUCUUUCCUCCCACAGUUCAAAGACAUGCAGGUGAGGGCUAAUUGGUGUAUCCAAAUUGCCCUAAAUGUGUGGAUGAGCUUAUGUGUCUGCUCUGCGAUGGAUUGGCAACCUUGACUUGUCUCUUGGGAUAGGCUCCAGACCCCCCCGCGACCCUGCAUACAGGAUAAAGCCGUAUAGACGAUGAAUGACUUAGAGAACAAAGUUAAAGGAACGAUCGCUUCUCCACAUCGACAUGGCAGAAAGAGGAACAUAUUACCUGCUGCUACCGGAUUCCUGAGGAGGCAAGUGCUGAAAAACCCCUGAUUGACUACAAAGGACCUACAUAAAGAUUUGGUGGCAGCAGCACUGAAGUUUCACUCUGCACUAUACAAUCUCGUCACAUGGAUGCCUUGUGUCUCUUUGGGAUGCGUCUGGUGUCUGGGGAUGGUUUCACUCUACCAUGAAGACGGUUCUGGCCUCGACUUAUAUUGAAAGCUGUUUCUCUGAGGACUUGACUUGGCUGCAGUUGGUCAAUAGUUCAGGACUGGAAUUUCCUACAAGUCUACCUGAGCCUCCAAUAACUACCAAGACUCCAUGGUAGCCAUCGCCCUCGGCUUGCUCAUCAGGAACUAUCUGACCAUUUUGACUUAUACACAUUCACAUUCUGUACAAACUUAAAUGAUUCUGUUGAUUGUGUAAAGCUGCUUUGCGACAAUGACUAAAUUGUAAUUAAAGAAAAAGGAGCUAAAGCAAUGUAGUUUAGUAUUACCACAUUAUUAGUUAAUAUCAUGAUUUUACAUUAUUAAUUAAAGAUCAUUCAUAUAAACAAUGGUCUGUGACAGUCAGAGGUAAACCUGUCUCCUUAUCUCUGUAUUACACUGGAUUUUGUGUUUAUUUAUUUAUUUAAUUUUUUUUUACAGAAUUACAGCAAUGUUGUGAAAGUGAAAGAAAAGAUCUGAGUCACACCCAGUUCCAGUUUUAUAUUAAAGCCUCUUUCUGUGACGCAGUCUCACACAGUUGGAGUAGCAACGAUACACACAGCUCUACAGCCAGAGCAGAAUAAAGAAUUAGUGCCACAACACAUUUAAGGUGCAGCUCACAGAGACCAGCGACCAUGAAUUGGGUAGGAAAUUAUUAUUAUUAUUAUUAUUAUUGUUGUAUUAUUGCUGUUAUUGUUGUUAUUACUAUGUUCUGCUGCUACUGUUAAUAUUGCUGCUGCAGCUUUUUCAGAAGGCAUUUUCUUUUGAAGUCCCAACCCCAGAUCCUGGUAAGUUACUACAGAAAUAAACACUUGAUUGUCAAAGCAAACUUCUUGUAAUGUUGGAAUUCAUCUUCUUUAAACAACAGAAUUUGAUGCCCCAUGGCGGACAGUGACAUGGAGGUAACAUCCUGUAAAUGGCACAAAGCAUAAUAAUAGUAGAUCUUGUAAAUACCUGAAUCUUUGGUUUACCCGUUAAAUAGUGAAGGUAACAGAAGGCAGAU